GGUAAACAGGGUAUUCGCGCCGCCUCGUCCCCCUCUUCUCGAUAAACCCUACGAUUGCCCUGUUCUCCUAUUCGACGUUUGCAAGCGCGAAGUAGUCGUUUGCGAUCCAUGGAUUUACAGCUGAGCGAUCUCGAUCGGUUGGUGUUGUUCGAGCAAGAGCGCCAGUCGGCGGAGUUGGCCUGCGCCGCCAACCCCCGCGAUGUCGAUAAUCUCACGAAGUGGGGAAGUGCGCUUCUGAAUCUAUCAGCUUUUCAGAAAAACCCCGAAGAUAUGGUGAAAGAAGCCAUAUCGAAACUAGAGCAAGCCUUGGAAGCGGAUCCUGGAAGGCAUGCGACAUUAUUUCUCUUAGGGAAUGCCCAUAUUCAGCAAGGGUUCUUCACGCCUAACGAACAGGUUGCUUUGGUUUGCUUUGAGAAGGCAAAUCAGUGCUUUGAACAGGCUGUGGAAUUGGAUCCUGGAAAUGACAUGUAUUUGAUGUCACUGGAUACAGUAAGCAAGGCACCUGAGUUGCGUCAAGAAAUCCAAAUCCAUAUGGCACACCAACAGGCUUCCCAGGAGACAACUUCCCCUGUGAGAAAGAAGGCUCCCAAGAAGAAAAAGAAAGAGAGUGAUUUAAAGUAUGAUAUACUUGGCUGGGUAAUCCUUGGGAUAGGUAUUGUUGCAUGGAUCGGAAUGGCUAAAUCACAUCCUCCUCUUCCUCCCCCAAGGUAGAGAGCUCUUUACUCAGCCAAGUAAACGUUCUGCACCAGACUACAGCUCUAGAAAUUGUUGAAUGUGGUGCCUUUUCUAUCAUUUCUAAGCUAUAUGUCAGCAUUUUAAGUGUUUUCUUCCCCUUUUUUGUCAACAAAAAGGAGCAUGUUGCAGGACAUCAAAUUGUUGGAGAUUAAGUUUAUUUAUCGAGCUUCAAUUGAUAAAAUAGCUUUAAAAUUUUA